AUGACAAAAGAGAGAAGUGGAACUUCUCGUUUGACAACGGCAAGCACUGCAUUUGAUGAUGAUGAUGAUGAUGAUGAUGAUGAUGAUGAUGAUGAUGAUGAUGAUGAUGAUGAUGAUGAUGAUGAUGAUGAUGAUGAUGAUGAUGAUGAUGAUGGCGGCGGCUGCGAUGACGGUCAUCAGAAGGGCGAUCGGCUUCUGUGCCAUAAUACCGGAAUCCAGACUGCGCAUUCUUGGCGUAAAAAUAUUGAAAUCUGCACUCUGCCCUUCAGAAGAAGGAGGGAGAGGCAAAAUGGAAAGACCAGUGGCAGGAGACCUGAUCGGGAGGGGGGGUGA